CUUUCCAAAUUUCAUGACAGUAAUUUGUUGACUUGUUCAACUUGUUGACACAUUUUAAUUUUUGUGAUCGUCGGAAAGAAAACAUUCAAAUAAGAACACUACAGGAAAAGCAAAUAAAAAUUAAUCGAGUAUUGUACAUGUUUCAUUUGCGGGAAACCAGGUAAAUUCUCAAGACAUACGACGUCUAUUAAGUAAUAAUGUUUGACAACUUCCACAACAACCAGGCACCUCCACCGGAGCCUGCUGCCCCUAAGAAGGUGUUGAGGUUUGACAGAGGAUAUCUAAAGACAUUACCAGGCAUAUUGCAACUUGUGCAGUUGCUAUGCAACAUAAUCGGCUUCAUAUGCAUAAAAGUGUCAUGGUCGUGGGUGUCAGCGAUAUUCUACAACCUGGUGUAUUGGAUUGGCAACAUGGUUACUGUAUUCCUCCUGCUGUCCUACACCUUCCACCUGGUUGAGAAGUAUGACAGGUGGCCGUGGCCCAAGUAUGAGUUCUUCUUCUGUGGAGCAAUGAGCCUGGCUUACAUCGUUUGCUCAAUAUUUGCAACUACAAUUGGGGAGAGUGUUGGGUAUGCUGUUGGGUUUUUCGGCCUUUGCGCAAUAAUAGCAUACGGUGCGGACGCAUAUUUUAAAUACAAAGCGUGGAAGAGAGGUCUACCACCUCAAUAAGCCUAAUUUCAAAUUGGGUGACAGUCUAUACAAAAUAAUGAAGCACCUAAAAGUACUUUAUACCUUUAAGUGUAGCAGAACGUUUUUAUGUUUCGUUAAUAAGUUCUUGACAGAUCUUCCAACAUGGAGUUACAGGAAACGAAUAUUUUAAUACCUUUUUCUAUUUUUAAACGGUUUUUAGAAGCGCCAAGCGCUAUUUGUGACCUUUUCCAUCGCUCCAAAGACGCGAAUUUGAAGUUAUAAAAGUGUUCCAAUGUUAUACAUUUUCGUGGUAUUGUACACUUUGGCAACUUUCCAUUCGUAGGAUAAAUGCGUUUGCUUACAUGGUUGUUAAUUAAAAGAUAACAUUUUUAUAAAUCUUUACAAACUAUAUUCUGUAAUCAAAUUACAUAAUUCCAUAUGUUUGAUACAAAAUGAUUAUACAAUGAUGUUGCCUUACACGCAUAACUUUAGUUAUUAAGAUAAUUACAACAUUUGAAAUCUUAUCAUUAUUGUGACUUUCACUAUUAAACUAAAUGAAUGGAAGUGUAAACUGUUUACUAUAAGUCUAAUUAAAAUUGAUCAUGAUAAUUAUAAAUUGAUAAUGGAUCAAAUGUUCGCAUAAAUAACAGUGCCUUAAAGUGCCCAAAGCAUUUAUUAAUAUUUUUAUAAUAUUUUGUAAGUAACAUUCACUCUUGUGCCAGCUUCAAUUAUUAGUAUUAAGGAUAUUUUUAAAUAAUCACUAUUAUUUAAUAAUUAAAAUAUUACACUUACAAUGUGUCUUGGAAAUAUUUUGGCAAUAAUGUAUACUUUGUGGAUUUAAGGCCUUCAAAAAAUUUAUGAAAUAUUCACCUAUUCGAUAAUUGAUUGUUUAAACUUUAAAGUCUGAGUGUAACUAUUUGUAACAAGUAUUCCAAGUAUUUUGUAAGUACUUAAAUUGUUUUGAUGAUUUUUUACUUACUUUCUUGUUAUGUGUAUAAUAAUGUUAUAUCCACACUAAAUAUUUGAUAACACCCUGUACUAUAAACUGUAUUAUAUAAUCGGUAGUUAAAUCGAUAAAAUUUAAGAUUGAUUGUGUUUGCUAUAAUAGAUAAAAACAUGUCGAAUUCAUGAGUCAGAAGUUUGAUAAAAUAUAUUUCUUCAAUUAAACUGUUUCAGUUAAGGUCAAUGGCAUUCGUAUUUCGUAUAAAAUUAUUUUUGGUACAAUUUGACUUAUGUAAGAGAGUACAGGUACUUUGACAGUAAUAAAUAGUAUAAUACACUAAUGCUUUUGUCGUCAAAUGCGGCUCAGUCUGGUUUAACCAGUAAUGACUUCCCCAAUUAUUAUUUACGGAGGCAUACCUACAUGUUCAAACUUGGCAGCUCCGUACCACAAUGAAUAAAUAAAAAAAAAAUUAAAUCAAUCCAAGUUUGCCCACCAUGGUAGCCAAGAAUUAUAACAUUAUCUUAUUAUUAUGUUAAUAAAAUCAUUUUUAAGAUAUCUUAUUUUACUGUUAGGGCUCAAUAAUUAUUAUCGAUAUUCUUUUAGACUCGACUCACUUCGAAAUGGCGAGUGGGUUCGAGAAUUUAUCUAAUAUUUUUUAUUAAGUUCACGACACGCUGCCUGUUGCUCUGUACGUUGUUACUGCCAUCUCGAUGCGAAAUGUGUGGUGGAAAGUAGUGUUGAGGGUAAUUUAGAUUUAUUAUUAAGCUUUGGAAGAUUUUUGUUUAUAACACUUACACACAAACUUUUCAUAGCUAUUUUGUUUGUAGAGAUGUUGAUUUAUUAAUGUAAACAUUUUUAAAUCUGUGUAUGUUCUGUCAUGGGGAGUAAAAAAAUAUUUUUUUUAUCUGUGAAAUUAUAACAGUGCGGAUGUUAUGAACGACUAUCUUUAAAUGAUAAAAAAUACAGUGCAGUUAGUGGUUGUUAAGCCAUAAAAAGUUAAUUUAAAAAUGACAUAAAUUAUGCACAAUUAUAAGUAAAGAACAAAGAGACAAUUUUCAAUUCAUCUGUAACUUGACAUUGAUUUUAAAAUCGCUGAUCAAAUAAAAAACGAGUGACGCACUGUUAUGACUUCAAGGAUAAUAGUUCUCACAAAAUGGCUAUUACUCGUAAACAAUGUUCUUAUCAUCAUGGUUUUUUUUUUCGUGACUGAACUUAAGAGCAUAUUAGUCAUACUUUAAUUAUAAACUACGAUAUCAAUUAGUAAAUAAUGCAAUAGAAAAUAAACCGUACACACAUUUAAAUAACAUUGAAAAUUAAACAUAAAAAUCAAAGUGGAGGAUUUUUUUUAUCACUUAUAGGUGUAAGCAGUUGACUGGAUAGUCUGUAAUCCCUUUGUCAAUCAUCCCAAUCGAUAUUUCCGAAGAAAUCAACCAUAGAAUAAUACCAUAUUAAACACAUCCGUCAAUCGCUCUUAUGUCACUAUCAUUAGUUUUGGUUAGUACUAUUACAAUUACUCCCACUACUUUAUCUUCCACCAGUCUAUUGUAUGUACCCUGUUGUUAUUAAAGAUUUGUUAAAUAAAUAAAACACUGACAACACA